UUAUGAUUCCUGAGUGGCUGAGGCAGCGAUGAGUAAUCAAGAGGUGGUCGUUCUGAGCGUGGGAGGUGUGAGAUAUGUAACCCGGGCUUCUACCUUGCAGCAGUUCCCUGAGUCCAGGCUGGCACGGAUGUUGAACCAUGAUGACGGGGAAUUCAAACUGGUGAAUGGAGAAUUUUUUGUGGACAGAGAUGGAGCUUUGUUUAGUUACAUCAUGGACUUCUUGAGGACUCUACAGGUCUCCUUACCAACUGAUUUCUCAGACUAUCAGAGGCUGCGGAGAGAAGCAGAAUUCUAUGGACUCCACCCCCUGGCUGACCUCUUGAGCCAGGAACACUUGCUAAAGCCGAGGCUGGAGAUCUUGGAAGUGCGUUUUUCUCUCCAAGAAAUGCAGGCCUUUUUCCGGAUCUUUGGUUCCUGCAGUACCACCGUUGAGGCACUAGCUGAGCAGAUCACUGUGUUUACAGGGCAGCAGUCAGGACAGAGCUGGAGCAGCCCUUUUCCUUCUCAGAAAACACUCGUUCCAGUCCCUUUGGAAAGACCUUCUCAUCACGACGUGGUUUUUCAGUGUGGUACUGAGUACUCUGCUGGGGACCAGUUUGUGGCAAGGUAUGUUUCCAUAAAGCCUGAUAAUAGGAAGCUGAUUAAUGGUACUAAUGUGCUAGGCCUGCUGUUUCACACUUUACUCAAAGAUGGAUUUCGCCUCUUAAGUGCCAGGACAGUGGCCAGUGAAGAAAAGGUUGAGUGCUACAGUUUUGAAAGGAUGAAGAGUCCAUCAGGCCUUACUGUCACGGUGAACCAAACCCCAGGGAGCUCUGGGGUAGCACAGGCAAGGAGAGGCCAAAUGCAGAAAGGGAAAUAAAGGCUUUUCCUUUCAUCUUUUGAGGUGGAAGAGGGGUGUGUCAGCACUAGUGGCCUUUUUUUGUUGGCUUGUUUGAAACUGCAACUAUUGAGGGAAGUAACAAACAAGCAAUUGGAAAAAAGUUGCUUUCCUGCCUUUCACUGCUCCACCCUCUUCAACUCUAAAUAAAAGAACCACGGAUUAAGUACUGGGUUUGUGGACCAGAUUCCAGCAUUUUCAAGGGUUGUUUUUGUUUUUCUCUGUGGCUAAGAUUUACACAGGGACUCAAAAAGCAUCAGCCAUUUCUUCUUGAAAAUAAUUUUUAUAUUCUGUGCUAAUCUGUAAGUAGAUUUUAAGAACAUUGUAAUACAUGAAGAAAUAAGAGCUUGAUACAACUGUCAUCCCAACAGUUUGGAGAAGUGGCUGGAGGAGGAAUUCAAACCUCAAUGAUUGAUGAUUGCUUCUCCUUCUCACUGAAUCUCUUGCAAUUAGCUGAGAGCAGAGUAAUGGGAAGAUCCUGAGUUGUGCUGCUGUGUGGCUUUGUGAAGCCAUCACCAGGCUCUGUGAAAUAACACAUUACUGUCUCUUGUAGAAUACUCCUCUGUCCUCCUCCCACUCCGAAGGCAUUAAGCUGUUCUUCAGUGCUGAGACUUAAAUGAUAAAGGUCUUUGUGAGGAAAGGGUCAGCUAAUUUCUAGAGCUUUAACCAUAAAAAGGAUGAAAAUGCAAUAACCAGUCCUUCAGAUGGAAUAGUUAGUACAGUUUUAAAUAAAAUAGUAGAAAGGA